AUGUCUGCCAAGAACGAGUUCCUUUGCAUCCUCCCGGACAAGCCCGACGCAUUGGCCAGAAGACUGGAAGUGCGCGCACAACAUCUUGCAAAUGUCACCCCUCUUGUUGAGUCCGGAAAGGUUGUCCUGGGCGGAGCUAUGCUCGACCAGCACCCGAAACCAGACGACUCCGUCUCCUUCAAGGGCAGUGUUAUGAUAUACGUCGCAGAGAGCAAGGAGGAGGUCGAGAGGUUGGUGAAGAAUGAUAUUUACACCAAGUCUGAUGUAUGGGACCUAGAGAAGGCUCAAAUCAUACCGUUCAAGUCUGCUGCUCGCUUGGCUUUGUAG